AUGAUCCUCGCUAGUGCCUAUGCAAGCGGAUCUCUCGGUGGCACCCUUGAAAUCAUUGAUAUUGAUGGUCAAUGCGCGAUAUGGUCCUAUGACAACCAUGGCUGCACGGGAUCUUCAGCAUUCUUUGGCAAACUUGAGGGAGAAAAAUGCUCAACUGUGAACGAAGUCGGAGACCGCACCCAUCGCUACCCUGUGCACGGGGUGGAGGCUUGUGGCACGAAAAACAAUUCGUCAGUUGCAUGGAUUGAGGUGGAAGAUACUGGCCUGGUCAGCUUCUUCAAUUACCAAAAAGACAAGUCGGCAUGCAUCCUCCGCUUUGACGACACCGAGGUCUUCGUCAUCAAUCUCGGAGUCAUCUUCGACUACCUCCCAGACCGUACCUUCUUCUGA